UCAAUAUUUGGGCAUACAUUAACAUUUCACGAUGUUGCAAUCCUCAAUGAGAGGCUGAGUAUGCAGCGCUUCAAUUAUAUUCUAGGCAGAAUUAAUAUUAUUCGGCCGAUUGGAACUGCAAACCAUACAUUAGUUAAAGAGUUCAUAAGGAAGGAGCUUAUUGAGAGCGGCUGGACAGUCAGUUUGAAUACGUUUACAGAACCCACCGUGAUCGGAAUCAGGACGUUCACAAAUAUUUUGGCUGUCAAUAGACCCGAUGCCUCUCGUCGUAUUAUCCUUUCUUGCCAUUAUGAAUCGAAAAUGAUGCCCAACUUUUAUGGGACUAUUGAUUCGGCAGUUCCGUGCUCAAUCAUAAUAAAUGUUGCUGAGAGUCUCGUCAAACUUUUCCAGUCAACAAAAAGCGAUAUUGCCGUUCAGCUGGUGUUCUUUGACGGUGAAGAGGCCUUUAAAGAAUGGACAGACACCGACUCUCUUUACGGCUCACGUCAUCUUGCUACCCAGAUGGGUCAAAUUGAUUCGCGAGGCUGCACUGAAAUCGGACAAAUUGACUUGUUCAUUCUUUUGGACUUGAUAGGGGCCGUGGGCCGCCCCAUCCCUCGAUACCCACACUGUGAUCCCCGACUUUAUGAUAUGCUCGUUGAAAUAGGUAAUUAUACCAAUCAAACUGCACACCUGCAAUUCCACGCGGAUUUUCCGCUAACUACAUCUUGCUAA